AAGUUUCCGGUUGCGCACUUCCGUUGAAACCGCCUGAAGAGAGUGGGUGGAGUUUACGACGCCGGUGGUCUGUGGGUGGUAUUGCGGCUGGCUGAGUGCUGUCCAGAGGCGACUGGGAGCAGCUACAGGGGCGAGCUGGGACCAGCUGGGCCGCACCUCGCCUGGGACUAAGCUUUGGCUCCUGUGUGACUGCGGCCUCCCCUUCAUGUCCGCCCUCGAGAAGAGCAUGCACCUCGGCCGCCUGCCCUCUCGCCCCCCUCUACCCGGCAACGGAGGCAAUCAGAGCGGAGCCAAGAUGCGAAUGGGCCCUGGAAGAAAACGGGAUUUUUCCCCUGUAUCUUGGAGUCAGUACUUUGAGUCCAUGGAAGAUGUAGAAGUAGAGAAUGAAACUGGCAAGGAUUCUUUUCGGGUUUAUAAGAGUGGUUCAGAGGGUCCAGUCCUACUCCUUUUGCAUGGAGGAGGCCAUUCCGCCCUUUCCUGGGCUGUGUUCACGGCAGCGAUCAUUAGCAGGGUUCAAUGUAGGAUUGUAGCUUUGGAUCUGCGAGGUCAUGGUGAAACAAAAGUCAAGAAUUCUGAAGAUCUGUCUGCAGAAACAAUGGCAAAGGAUGUUGGCAAUGUAAUUGAAGCCAUGUAUGGGGACCUCCCUCCUCCAAUUAUGCUGAUUGGACAUAGCAUGGGUGGAGCUAUUGCAGUCCACACAGCAUCAUCCAACCUGGUGCCAAGCCUCCUGGGUCUUUGCGUGAUUGAUGUUGUGGAAGGUACAGCCAUGGAUGCUCUUAAUAGCAUGCAGAAUUUCUUACGUGGUCGUCCUAAAACCUUCAAGUCUCUGGAGAAUGCCAUUGAAUGGAGUGUGAAGAGUGGCCAGAUUAGAAAUCUGGAGUCUGCCCGUGUCUCCAUGGUUGGCCAAGUCAAAGAGUGUGAAGGAAUUACAAGUCCAGAAGGCUCAAAAUCUGUAGUGGAAGGAAUCAUAGAGGAAGACGAAGAUGAUGAAGAAGGAAGUGAAUCAGUUAACAAGAGGAAGAAGGAAGAUGACAUGGAGACCAAGAAAGACCAUCCGUACACUUGGAGGAUUGAACUGGCAAAAACUGAAAAAUACUGGGAUGGCUGGUUCCGAGGCUUAUCCAACCUCUUUCUUAGCUGUCCUAUUCCUAAAUUGCUGCUCUUGGCUGGUGUUGAUAGAUUGGAUAAAGAUCUGACUAUUGGCCAAAUGCAAGGGAAGUUCCAGAUGCAGGUCCUACCUCAGUGUGGCCAUGCAGUCCAUGAGGAUGCCCCAGACAAGGUAGCUGAAGCUGUUGCCACUUUCCUGAUCCGGAACAGGUUUGCAGAGUCCGUCGGUGGAUUCCAGUGUGUGUUUCCUGGCUGUUAGUGACCUGCUAUCUGCCCUUCCCUUAACAUUGAGCUCUGUUGUAAAUACAUCGCACCAGAGGCCACUGUGAUGCCGCUGUCUCCUCCUCACCAUCCUGCCCGACCAUGUGACACCGGCUUCCUAUAGAUGGGCAUCUCCAGAUAUACAGACCCUUUUGUGUAUUUCUAUCGAAAGCAUUGUUUUUCAGGGCCUUUGACCAACAUGAGCCUCCCUAGUCAAAGGUUCCCAGAUCAUACCCCUUCCCUGUUCAGGGUUUUCCUGUUCUCUCUGCCUUACCUAGGGUAAAGCCUUUAUCAGAACUGCCACGUGGGCCCCUAUUUCUGGCAUUAGGCAGUGCACCUGGUUCAAAUGUCUCCCCAGGCUCAGAGACCUCUAUUCCUUGAUACUGUUCUUGGCAUAGCUCUGCCCUACUUCACGGUUUGGUCCAUGCAUAGGGUGGUCACCAGUCAGGUACCUUUUUAUCCCAGUCUUACUCUUCCAGGCUUGGAAGACUCAUAGAGUCCAGGAUCCAAUCCUUAGGUAUAAGGAGGUGUAGUGGAUAGCAUCACAAGAAACCAUCCUGAAAAUCAGGUCCAGCCAGUCCAAGCACAUGGCCUCCUAUCUGGGGAGAGCCCACUGUCCCACUCCCACAUGUCUGGACACCUGUCCUGGGCUGAGGCCAGGCUGCUCCAGGGACCUCUUGAGCCCUCACCUGUCACAGAGCAACCCAGGUUAAGUACAGCCCAUGCACAAAGCCACAGAGCUAAAGCCUGUGCAGUUGUUUUUAAGGGUCAAAUUUAACCAUUUUCAUAAGUGGUUCCUGGAGGUGUGCAGAGUGCCCGCUUGCUUCUUCUAGACCCACACAGCUUAUCUUCAGCAUUUGUGGUUCCCAUGUCACUCUUCAUAGAAUUAGCUCAGCAUCCUCUUCCAGUUGCCUCAUCACAGCACUACGGCCUCCCCCUGCUGCCCCAGCAUACCUUUUCCAAGGGCAGGGAGGGGCAGUCUCCUGCAGCCCACCUUUUCUGUGACUGUCGUAGGUGAUGCCUAGCCCCCUCCACUUUUCACCCAACAACUUCCUCUCCCUUAUCCUGCUGCACGGUCUGGAGUCUGGGACCUACUUUGUUUCUUUGUUAUUUAUGAUCUUGUUAAAAUAAAUAUCUCCCAGCCUUUAUUGAUAUAGUC